CGGAGUAUAUUACUAAAUCAUCGUCUCUUCCGACUCAUCGGUUCCUCCGCUCUCUCACCUCUCUGCAUAGUCUAACAGAAGCGCUGAAUCUCCCUCCUUUAAUAAGCCAUCUUUCCUUGCCGAUUAUUAUAGUGUAAACCCUUAAUUUCUUCUUCAUUGCAUGUUGAGGCUGCGUUUGGUCCACCCCGUGACAGGAAAGAAUAAUAUAGAACAACUUGUAAGUCUGAUUAAAAUAGCAAAACCUGUUGGGCUCAUAAUUGGAGAUCCAAUAGGAUUUCCUUCCUCGGAGGGAUCUGAGCAAGGUACAUGUCUUCUACCAGCUCCAGCAUGCAGACCUUGUGGGUACGAUAGUCUUUCGAGCCCAACAAGUGGUAUCAGAGCCUAGGUUCUGCUUCACUGUUGUCAGUUUCUCCCUAGUUUGUGCUAAGUUGUUGCCAAGUUAUUGUUAGUGGGAGUUUCUUAUUCUCUUCCUGGUUGGUUGAGAAUAUUAAGAAAAAUGUUAUGACCAAUAGAAAUAUUGAUGAUUUCGGAUUGAGAUAACCCAGCUGGGUUUUGUGGAGAAGGGGUUUUUUGUGUCUUGUGUUGUCGAUGGAAUUUGUGUUUUGAUUACUCUCAUUAAGGAUUCUCUGAUUAUGUCAAGAAAGAAAGAUUUGAGUCAGUUGCAGGAUUGAAGAAUUGUUGGGUCCCUCCAAAUGGAAGUUUGAGAAAGCAAACACUAGAGUGCUGUUCAUUUUAAUGGAGUGCUGGUGCAAUUUGGAGUGCUGUUCAUUUUAAUUGGAAAAAAUAUUUAUUUAAUUGAGCAUCAAAAGAUUUGAGAUGAUGGAUAGUAAGAAUUUAGGGGUGGUUUGAACUUUGAACUGAGCAUGCUUGGAAUGAAAAUAAAUGCAACGUUGUUUU